AUGGCAGAACUUAGAUCUCUUCGUAAGCGGGAACACCAGAUAGUGACGGCUUUCGACAGCGUGCAACAUUUUCUCCAGAAAUACGACCAGGAGACUGAUAGCGGGCAAGUGAACCUUCGGCUGCAUGGACUUGAGGAAGAUUUUAAGGAUUUUCUUGUGGUUCGGAGUAAGCUUGAGUUGCUGCUGGAAGAUGUUGAGGUCCAGAAACAUGCUAAAUCUGACCCAGACUUGAAGCAGGAGGCGUUGGAACAUAUGGACGAUGAAAAUGAUCGUAUUAUGCAGGAAUUUCGUGAUCGAUUCUACGCACUGAAGGCGGCGCUUGUGACUUUGCUACCACAUUUCCUACCCCCACCAACGCCACCAUCACAAAGAGGUCCCCAUUCGUCAAUUGCAGGAGAUGAUGUUUUCGGUGUGCACCCAACGCCGACAUUUUCAAAAGUGAAGCUACCUGAAAUCCGUUUACCGUCGUUCAGUGGUAAGAUCUUCGAGUGGGUAACCUUUCGUGACACCUUUCAAAGCCUCAUUCACAACAAUCCUCAGUUGACCGACAUGGACCGUUUCACCUACUUGAGAUCAUCGUUAUCAGGAGACGCAUUGCAGGAGAUUAGUUCUGUGGGCUUGUCAGCCGUAAACUACAACGUUGCGUGGGAAAUGUUAGCGAAUCGUUAUGAAAACAAGAAGUUGAUUGUGAAGGCUCAUCUAGACGCACUUUUCGCUACAGAAGGGCUCAAGAGAGAGAGCUAUGAAAAACUCAACAGUCUCAUUAGCGAGUUUGAGAAAAACCUUCAGAUGCUGGACAAGAUUGGGCAAAAUACCUCCGAGUGGAGCACCAUUCUCGCAUACAUGUUGUGUAGCUCGAUUCCGCCACGCUGCGGCAGUGGGAAACUCAUCACAAUUCAAAGGAUGUACCCACGUAUACUGCUAUGCUCGGUUUCUUGCGCAAUCAUUGUGAUGUACUCCAGUCAGUGGCUCCUGCUAAAUCCAACUUCGUCGAUCAUCGUUCCUCGAAACCAGCUGUCUGUCACACAGUGGUGA